UGAAACUGCGGUGAUCUCACUGUUUCUGAUUCUGACAUGGGCGGUUCAACCAAAACACAAUGUCUAUAUCGGUGACUAAACUGAUGUUGGUUUCUUGUUUCAUUUUUUCAUCUGCAUGGUGGACGUAUGGUGGAAUUGGAAAUUCUUUGCGUUUUAUUAACCCUACAUUAUCAUUGUCUGUAGGUCUUCAGCGAUUGCAUUUGGCAACAUCAGAAUAUUCAAAUUAAGUCGACGGUUAUUUAACAGUUGACCUCGUUGUUGACUUCUCAUUGGCAUGCGCUACGGUUUGAACAAGAUUGAGCGUUUUCAAUGCUUCAAAACAAAACAGCAUCCAACACUAUCCAAUAUCACAAACAACCUUAUUGCGUGGAAUGAAUUGGAUAAAGCUUAUGCAGUAUGUAUAAAGUGUGUAAUUAAUUAAUUAAGUGCUAUUCAGAAUUUGCAUAGCUUGUGUUAAAAAUGGGGAACAAACUAAGCAGCUGCCGUGAUUCCUUGAAGGGUUCCUGUUGCUGUUGUAGAACGAAUUCAUUCGCAUUUCUUAAACCCGAUGAUACUGAAGAGUUUUUGAGAAAUCCCUUGGCAAAACCAAUUAUGAAGAUCAAGGAAAAUGAGCUGGAUUCAACACCAGAUCGGCUGGAAAGAAAACCAUCAUCAUUAUUGGCCCGGAUGAAUGACUAAGCCCACGACGUUGAAAUAAAUCAAAAUGUGUAUACUGUUUCACUGUGACUGACGGGACGCAAUGUAUAAAUUCUUCAUCCUUCUGAUACCGUAUUCUCAGUCUGGUCGAGAAAUUCGUUCAUGAUCGACGUUUGAGUCGGGUGCGCAGUUUAUUGCACAAGUUUAACGAGCGUCGCAUACGUAAACGUAAACGCAAAAAGUAUGUACAGCUUGGACGCAAACACCAACCUGCCUCCGUUGAUGAUUUGGCGACCGGCAGAGAUUGUUGAAGAUACAGUGGACGAUGUGCUUCAGAUUAUACACCUGGAUCCUUGCAUUGGAGAAAAUGGAACGGCACAUCGGACAGAGAGAUUUGAGGUCAUGAAUCGGAGCAGAAUCGAUGGCAGUUCCUCGUUGCUCGUGGUUAGAAGAGGUCAACCAUUCAAACUGAAGGUUUACUGCAACAGGCCGUUCGAUGAGGAUCGAGAUGUGAUUGCAAUUUUGUUAGCCGUUCAACCGAUGAAUGGAGAAAAAAUAAGUCAUGGAAAUGGAACAGUUGUGUAUUUGCCACUGAAAAAGUGUGCGGAAAGCGUUGAUGAGAACGGAUCCGACUGGGACGCGUAUUUGGAUGCUGUAGAGGAUAACGCGUUCACAUUAAGCAUCCGGACAUCAGCUCACGCUUCAGUGUCCCGUUGGGAGCUUGCAAUCGAUACUAAACUGAUUGACUCUGACCAAACGAAGAAUUUUGUGAUGUCAGAACCAUUAUACUUACUUUUCAAUCCAUGGUGCGAAAGUGAUCCCGUUUUCUUAGAAGAUGAGAAACUGCGUGAAGAAUACGUGCUGAGCGACACUACACUCAUUUGGCGCGGUUGUGAUCGAAGUUUCCAUCCUACGAUCUGGAAGUUGGGUCAGUACGAGCGAGAUGUUUUAGAUUGUGGUCUUCUUCUAUUGGCUAGUGUAGGAAGGGUUAGUGCAACGUAUCGAGGAAAUCCAGUUCGAGUGGCACGUGCUCUGUCAGCUGCGGUGAAUAGUAAUGACGACAAUGGAGCGUUGAUGGGAAAUUGGGGAAAGGAUUUCCCGGACGGAACUGCUCCAACCGCUUGGGUAGGUUCGGUUAAUAUCCUGCAGCAGUAUUAUCGCACGAGACGACCUGUUGAAUAUGGACAGUGUUGGGUGUUCUCUGGAGUUUUGACGACAAUUGCUCGUGCGCUAGGCAUUCCCAGUCGAGUGGUAUCUAACUUCAAUUCGGCCCAUGAUUCGGAAGCAUCUCUUACUAUUGAUUAUUAUUUUGGUGAGGAUAAUGUGCAUUUACGAGAUUUCAGCACGGAUUCGACGUGGAAUUUUCAUGUGUGGAAUGAACUGUGGAUGCGUAGGUCGGAUCUCGGAAUAGGAUCCGAUGAGCUGUACGAUGGCUGGCAGGCUGUUGAUGCGACUCCCCAGGAGAUGUCAGAUGGGAUGUACAAACUGGGACCAGCACCGGUUAAGGCAGUCAAACGUGGAGAGGUUAAUGUUCUGUAUGAUUGCGAUUUUGUGUACGCCGAGGUCAACGCAGAUGAGAUCUAUUGGCGGUAUAGGGGACCCAGUCAAGCUAUGAAGCUAGUGAAGAAGGAUCCAGCUAGAAUUGGACAGUUCAUUAGUACUAAGGCAGUUGGAGAAUGGCAACGCGAAGAUAUCACAGAUUGCUACAAAUUUGGAGAGCGAACUUGUGACGAGAGAAUAACAAUGAUGAAAGCAUUGAAACAGACAAGUAGUCCAUUUACAAGGUUUUAUACGAAUGAAGAGUUUCAUGACAUCGAUUUCGAGAUCGAUAUUAGAAAUGAUGUUAAAAUUGGUGAGCCUUUUACGAUUGUGGUGAAGAUUAGUAAUCGUUCUGAAGAAAUUACGCAUCCUAUCGAAGGAAUCGUUCAUGUGGAUACUGUUCUAUAUACCGGUAAACUGAGAAAACCAUUAAAAGCGAUUCCUUUCAAUUUAGAUGUGCAACCGGACAGUUCAAGUUCACUGGAGUUGCAAGUCGACUUCGAUGAGUAUUACAACAGUAUUAUGGACCAGGCUUACUUCAAAAUCAUCUGCUCGGCUAGUGUGAAAGGAACUAACUACGAAUACUUCGCUCAGGAAGAUUAUCGCGUUAGAAAACCAGAUAUAAAAAUUCAGUUAGGCAAUGAACCGGUCAACGGAGUGCCGCUUUACGUCACAGCUACUUUGCUAAAUCCGAUGCCCAUUCCGUUAACAAAUGGGUCGUUUAGGUUCGAAUGUUCUGGUGUUUGGCAAGCGGUUGAUAUCCCUAGCGACUACAUCGAGGCAGGUGAACUGGCGACCGUUAAAUUUCGCAUGAUGCCGCAUUUCGAAGGAAGCGCACAGAUCGCAGCCAAAUUCAAUGCAGCCGAGUUAAAUGAUGUAGAUGGCUUUCUAGCAUUUGAUGUGGGCGAAAAUAUGGACAGAAAUGCUGGACGUUCGUUACAAGAUGCACUCGUAUUUGCAUAGUAGCUAAGAAUUGUUGUUAACUGAAAUUUGAAUAUAUGUACAGUUGAUUCUAA